AUGGAGAAUUCCAACUAUGAAAACGGUUUCCAACAAAUUAUUGUAAAGCUAACAACCGAACCAUCACUUGUUCCGCCAUCCGAGGAAACAAAGAAAGGACCAUACUUUCUAUCAAACCUUGAUCAAAACAUUGCUGUCAUUGUUCGAACCGUUUAUUGUUUCAAAAACAAAGACAAGGGAAACGAGAAUGCUUGUGAAGUGAUCAAGAAUGCAUUGAAAGAUGUUCUUGUUCAUUACUACCCUCUUGCUGGGAGGUUAAGUAUAAGCUCAGAGGGUAAACUGAUUGUGGAUUGUACAGGAGAAGGUGCUCUUUUUGUUGAAGCUGAAGCUAAUUGUUCAAUGGAGGAAAUUGGUGAUAUUACAAAACCUGAUCCUAGGACUCUUGGGAUGUUGGUUUAUGAUAUUCCUGAUGCUAAACAUAUUCUUCAGAUGCCUCCUUUGGUUGCUCAGGUGACAAAAUUCAAAUGUGGAGGUUUUUCUCUUGGACUAUGCAUGAAUCACUGUAUGUUUGAUGGAAUUGGUGCUAUGGAGUUUGUGAAUUCAUGGGGAGAACUAGCAAGAGGUUUACCAAUCUCGAUUCCUCCGGUUCUUGACCGAAGCAUACUUAAAGCGCGCAAUCCGCCAAAGAUUGAGCAUUUGCACCAAGAAUUUGCUGACAUUGAAGACAAAUCAAACACUAGUAGCUUAUACGAAGACGAAAUGGUGUAUAGGUCAUUCUGUUUCGAUCCCGAAAAACUAAAAGAAUUGAAGAAAAAAGCCAUGGAAGGUGAAAACAGUGUGCUUGAAUCUUGCACAACAUUUGAAGCACUUUCAGCAUUUGUUUGGAUAGCUAGAACAAAAGCACUUAAAAUGCUUCCAGAACAAGAAACAAAGCUUCUUUUUGCUGUUGAUGGAAGGGCAAAAUUUGAACCAAAGCUUCCAAAAGGGUAUUUUGGGAAUGGAAUUGUGCUAACAAAAUCUGUUUGUAAAGCAGGUGAAAUUACAAACAAGCCCUUUUCACAUACUGUGAAACUUAUCCAAGAAGCAAUUAAAAUGGUGAAUGAUGGGUACAUGAGAUCAGCUAUUGAUUAUUUUGAGGUAACAAGAGCUAGGCCUUCUUUGGCUUGCACACUCUUGAUCACAACUUGGUCCAGACUUUCUUUUCAUAUCACUGAUUUCGGUUGGGGCGAACCGGUUCUGUCGGGACCGGUUGGCUUGCCGGAGAAGGAAGUGAUUUUGUUCCUUUCACAUGGUCAGGAGAGGAGAAACAUCAAUGUGCUUCUUGGUUUGCCUGCUCCUGUCAUGAAGAUCUUUCAAGAUUUGAUGAAGAUUUAG